AAUAUCCGCAACACACGCACACGUUGCGCACGAAGCUCAAAAGCCCAUCAGUUGGUGAUCUACUUGUCUUGACGCACGUGACCUUUCACUGCCCGCGUGCUCACGCGCGAAGAGACGCUGCGCCUGAGUGUGUCUGGCAGCGUAUAGGUAUCGUCUACAGCAGCGAGAGAGACAGAGACUAGCCGGUAUCCUCACAAACGGGGUUGCCGUCACUUCCUGUGUGGCCCUUCACUGCUGGUGUCUACCCGGUGUACAGGGAUUUCACUGGCGGAGGGACACUGAGAUCAGAGGAAGCCAACACCCGGCAACAUGCAUGCUACAGAGGAACAGACAUGAGUCGCCAUGGUUGCCUCCUGGCCAUGGGUCGAGGACUCUCACAGCAUCCAGUACAAGGACGAGGAAGGGUCUUGUGGAUCACGUGACCUACUACCCUCCAAUGCCAGCAGCAAUGCCAGGCGACAGGACACACCUCUGACGGAUGUCGUGGCACUGAGGUGUCGAUCAUGUCUUCGGCGAAACAGAGCGCGCCUGGUACUGCACGUGCGCCACGGCAGACGAUUGUUGCCAUGCCUGACGCUCAUCGUCUCUGGGCUGCUGCUGACGUUCCUGCUGAGAACAGCUGGACAUACUGCACACCUGUCUCUGCAGUACCGCGACACCUGGACAACACCAGACCUCCAAGGGGUCAAGGGCCGCGAUUACCACGAUGAGAAUUCCGAUGUUCCUCUGUUUGAAGAUCUUGGCGACAAGAAGACAUUGCCAGUUGAUGACAAGCUCGAAACAGAGCAUAGCAAAGACAGCAGAGAGCAAAAAUCGGACGAAGGCAGCAGAUUCGUGGAGACUCUGGCAGACGACACUGGCCACUCGAGCGUCCGAGAGACGAACCGUGUUGAAGUCUUCGCAAGCAACGAUGAUGGCGCGAGGGAGUAUUAUGAAGACAAGCCGUCUGUGGACGCGGCAAGGAGGAGAAGCGAGCAGUUUGAAUACGACAGGCGGGUGCUGGAGCAUCUGCACACACUGCACGUGGGAGGUGAGGUGGUUGCCGGUGAUGGGGGAAGCGACGGUGGCGCCGACUACCUGAUGCCGCCGUGCGACGGACCGGACUUAGCAGACGUGAGGCCGAACCCUCGCUACGGAUUUGUGGGACCAUUCCGUUACCUGGCGAAUUACAAGAAUCCUUGCUGGAAGGAACCACGUGCUGGCCACGUACCCACAAUACGUUGCGUGCCCUACUUUUACCUGGUGGGAGCACCCAAGGCAGGGACUACUGACCUGUACCGUCGACUGACCAGACACCCCGAAGUGGUUAUGCCACGCUCUAAGGAAACCCGAUGGUUCGACAGAUAUAGGUUUAACGGUAAAUCAGACAUUUCGUACUUCCUAAAGAAUUUUGAGAAUGCAUCAAGCGUCAUCUACCGCACACUAGAAAAGGGAAGCAAUUUUCACAGACUGAUAGUAGGGGAUGGCUCACCCUCAUAUUUUUUCGACAAUCGUCACUGGCCGCUGAUACCAGGCAACGAGAGGUGCACGGAGCCUCGCGUCACUGUAGCCAGCCACAUCCAUCACCUGUACCCCAAGGCCAAGAUCAUCCUCAUCCUCAGGAACCCCGUGGACAGGCUGUACUCGAGCUACCUGUACAAUCAUGCCAAGGUGGGCGCUGUCAGCAGCAUCGCUUUUGACGAGUACGUGCGCGACGCCAUCAACAUCUACACCGACUGCUUCAGCCAGCACUCGCUCCGCUACUGCGCCAACAACGCCACCGUCUUCAGACGAGCCAAGGUGAUGCUGAUAGUAAGCCUGUACAUUGUAUUCAUACGCGAUUGGCUGACACUGUUUCCAAGGGAACAAAUUCUUAUCCUGACCACUGAGAAAUAUCACAGGGACAUGUCCGCACAGCUUCAACGGGUAUUCUCAUUUUUAGGCUUACGGAACUUGAGGAAGAGGAGAUAAGUCAGAUCGUCCAUGACGACGUGUUUAACAAGGGACAGCACUACUCGAAAGGGGGACCGAUCCUAUCUCGUACCCGCCUUCUUCUGCAGGCUUUCUUCAGGCCUUACAACGAGCAGCUAGCAAGCAUGAUGAACGAUCCUGACCUGCUCUGGCUCUGAAGAUGAUGCUGUCUGUCUUACAGUCUCGUUACAUAUGAUCUGGCAGGGCUUGAAAAAACAAACACACACACACGCACAAACCCACAAAAAAUAAAAAUGAACCGAUGGGAAUGGAUGUUCGUGUUAUAGGGAAACAAAUGUCACACGGCUUACUUCUUACCUAAAUACAAGUGCUUCGAAGAGACACUUUUGUUUGAGGGCAAACCAGUACAUAUCAUUUCAGCGUCUCAACCAACCUCUGUGUGUGUCUGCGCGCGUGCUUGUAUGUGUGUGUGUGUGAGAGAGAGAGAGAGUGUGUGUGAAUCUCUUAUUUGUGUUUAUUUUCCUUUCUUUUUACCAAAGGUUAACCUGUACCGUGGAAGUACCUCCUUGUUAACUGAUUUUGAAAUAAGUAUUUUUACUGCUUAAUAAACACCGGAAUGUGAGAUGUGUUUAGCGUCCAAGGAGCAACAGUGUUUGGUGGCCUUCGGUGGAAUUAAAAUUUGCUUUUGAGAUCUUA